CAGGUUCAAAACAAAAUUCACAUACCUCUAAGAAGGGGAAUACGUCUACAAAUAAAAAAGAACUUAUAUCCUCGAAUAAAACAAAUUCAUCUUCAAUCAAAAAUAACAGGACUCAUAAUAAUCAGAAUCAGAUUAGCGAGAGUCACGAUCUUA